AUGGACGCUAGCAGCAUUGAAAGCAAACUUGAAAGUGACUCUGUGAGCGGGUUUGGGUUUGACCGUGUGAAGUUUAACGAAGAAGUGGAACGCGGUCGUACCAGAGUUAGAACCGGUUUACUUCCCAUCAAGAGCAAUGUUUCUUCUUCGAGUGCAGCUGUUCCAACUCUCUACAAGACCAUAUCCCACAGCAUCGAUGAGCGGUUGAAUGAUGAUGAUGAUGAUGAUAAGAACUUGUUGGACAACCAGUCGGUGUUGGAAUUAACAUGGCACCGUGACACGGUGGAAGAAGUUUGUGUUGCUUUGGGAGCCAGUUUGGACACGGGAUUGACUGACCAGCAAGUUACCAAUAAGGUCAAGGAGUACGGUAGAAACGUCCAGACGAAACCCAGUUCAGGAGCUUUUUUGAGGAUAUCGCUUUACUUUUUCAAUGGGUUUGGGGUCUUGUUGCUUGUGGCUGGUAUAUUGGUGAUAAUAAGCUAUAAACCGUUGGGUGACCCCCCUGCCGUGGCCAACUUGGUGUUAGGGAUUAUUUUGUUGGUGGUGUUCUUUCUUCAGGCAUUUUUGAAUUUCAUUCAAGAUUACUCAAGUUCCCAGAUCUUGAACUCUAUAAAUGUGAUGCUACCCAAUGAGGUCAAGGUCCUUAGAAAUGGAGACAAAACUGUGAUAAACAGCGAGGAAUUGGUACCGGGGGAUGUUGUGUUUAUUGAUAAGAACACCAAGGUCCCUGCAGAUUUGAGACUAAUUGAACUGAACAACUUGCAAUUCGACAGAUGUAUUUUGACUGGUGAGACAAAACCCGUAAAAGGAAAAGUUGACAGCGACAUCGUGAAUUAUUUGGAAAAUGAGUCUAUUGCCAUGCAAGGAACCCUUUGCAUUAAUGGUACCGGCAAAGGGGUUGUGUUAUCUACCGGUGACAAUACCAUUUUUGGCAAGAUUUCGAAAUUGUCAGCUAAACAGAGAGAAGGUUUAACUACUUUGCAGAAAGAGUUGUUUAGAUUCAUCUUGAUGAUCUCGAUUGUCAUUGUGUUCGUUAUAGUGUUGGUGAUUGUUCUUUGGGCUGCUUGGUUGAGACAUACGUACCCUGGCUGGAUCAAUGUUCCUACUUUGAUUGUGGACGUUGUGUCAGUGAUGGUGUCGUUCAUCCCUGAAGGUCUCCCUAUAGCUAUGACUGUGUGCUUGCUUGUGGCAGCCAAAGGCAUGAGAGACCAUGGCAUUUUGUGUAAGUCUUUGUCUGUGAUUGAAACUUUGGGUUCUGUCAAUGUCUUGUGUUCAGAUAAAACAGGGACAUUGACCACUGGUAAAAUGAUUGUUGGUGCUCAUUACGGUGAUUUAGAAAGACUUAAAAUGGUGGGAAAGUUGUGCAAUGAAUGUAUUGCUGAAGACGGCCAAGUUACCACCGGGAACCAAACUGAUCAAUCGAUCAUGAACUUCUCUGAGGAUUCCUUCGUCGACUCUCGCAAUUAUACUUUGGUGGAUGAGUUGGGGUUCAAUUCCAAAAACAAGUAUAUGAUUAAGGUGUUUGAGUGUGGAGAAGGAAUCUUGUUCACCAUUAAGGGUGCACCAGAGGUUCUUAUAGAGAAGGCAAGUUUUGUACUUGUGGAUGGGGAGAGGACUCCCUUGACAGAUGACUUGAGACAAAAGUUGAUUCAAGUACAGUUUGAUUGGUGUAACCAAGGAGAAAGGGUUGUGUUGUUAGGGUCCAACUUAUACUCACCCGAGGAAUACCAGAAGCUCAAAAGUGAAGUCCCAGAUAAUGACGAGCUUGAUGUGAAAUACUUUCCAUUCUCUGUAGACGGUAUGAUGGGCAUCAGCGAUCCAUUGAGACAAGAUAUACCUGAAACAGUGGUAGCACUUAAGGCUGCCCACAUCAAAAUUGUGAUGAUUACUGGUGACUUUGAAAUCACUGCUAAGGCUAUUGCUACAAAAUGUGGUAUUGUUUCUCACAAUGACUAUGUCGAUAAUAUUGAUUCAAUUGGUGUGAACUCCGAUUGUGUGCUUAUCAACGGAUAUGAAAUGUUUCGGUUAAGUGAAAUUGAAUGGGACCAUAUGAUGAACUAUAAACUGGUGGUGUUUAGCAGAACUACUCCUGAACAAAAACUUAAAAUAGUCAAGGAGUUCCAGAAGCGUAAAAACGUUGUUGGAAUGAUUGGUGAUGGUGUGAACGAUUCUCCUUCAAUAAAGCAGGCUGAUAUUGGUAUAUCCAUGAUAGACGGUUCCGAAAUUGCCCAAGAUGCAAGUGAUUUGGUGCUUAUGGACUCUUUUGUGUCGAUUAUUCAUGGAGUGAAGUUCAGUAGAUUGGUGUUUGAGAACCUUAGAAAAACAAUUUGUUAUUUAUUACCAGCUGGAAGCUAUGCCGAAUUGUGGGCAGUUCUUUUGAACGUUAUCUUUGGAUUUCCUCAGAUGUUGUCGAGUUUCUUCAUGAUUAUUAUUUCAUGUAUCACCGACUGUGUUGCUGCUAUGACAAUUAGUUUUGAAGCAGAAGAGUCCAAUCUCUUGACAAAGAUGCCUAGGCAAAUGAGUGGAGAAAGGCUUGUUGACUAUAAAUUGUUUUUGCAUUCUUACUUGACGUUAGGAACUUACUAUAGUUUUACGUCGAUGUUGUUAGCAUUUCUCAACUUCACUCGUCACGGCUUCAAGUUUUCUGAGUUGCACAAGUAUGCGAUAACCGAUGAAAUGAAUGAAGUGUUGAGCAGGUCUUCGUCCAUUUACUUUGUCAAUUUGGUCAUUUUGCAGUUUUUUAACUUAUUGACAGUAAGAACCAGAUUUGUGUCGUGCUUGAAGAACUUUAGCUGGAAACUCUUGGUGAUUUUGCCUAUUUUUGCCAGCACUUUUAUUUGGAACUACAUCCCCCAAGUUCAAAAAGCAUUGGACUCAUCUUCUGUUCCUGUCGAAUACUACUUUAUUUCAUUUGGAUUUGGUUCACUAUUAUUGGUGUACGAUGAGCUUAGAAAACUCAUGGUCAGAAAGUAUCCGAAUGGGUUACUUGCAAAAAUCGCAUGGUAG